UCUAUACCGAACCGACAGUAGUACAUCGAGCAUUGCAAUCACGAGAUUUAUUAAAAACAACAACAAACAAAAAAAAACAAAAUUGGGCGCGCUAGUUUUGUGUGCUGUGAAAUUGGUGCGUUUGAUGAGUGUUUCGAUGUGCGAAAAGGGAGGAUUUGUGCAGUUACUUUGAGGAUUAUACCGAGCCGAAAUGUUGGAGUUUUAUCCGAAUUUGAAUUUGAACACUGCAAUGUUGCAAGAGCAUAGCUCUAUGCAGGGUAUGGAAUGCGGCGGAAGAAGCGAUGCCAGCAUAAUAAAAUGCGAAAAAACGUACGAAAUGUGCGAGGGUUGCGGCCAGAAAAUCCACGAUCGCUACCUGAUGCGAGUUGCAGACGCAAGCUGGCACGAACAUUGUCUUUCCUGCUGCGUUUGCGGCGUUCUUCUCAACCAUUCCUGUUACACGAGGAACACGAAGCUCUACUGUAAAGCGGAUUAUGAUAGAAUAUUCGGUGUUAAAUGUUCGCGUUGCGGGGACCGCAUCCUUCCGCACGAGAUGGUGAUGCGAGCGCAGCAGCACGUCUUCCACCUGGCCUGCUUCGUUUGUGUCGUAUGCUGUCAGCCGCUGCAGAAGGGCGAGCAGUUCGUCCUGAGGGCCGGCCAGCUGUUCUGCAGGCAGGACUUCGAGAAGGAGAUGUACCUGAUGCAGCAGGCGAGUUCGGGCGACGACGACAUGCUGGAGGAAGGCAGACCUAGGGACGGCAGGCGAGGGCCGAAACGGCCGAGAACGAUUUUGACAUCGGCACAAAGGCGACAGUUUAAGGCUUCGUUCGAAGUGAGUCCGAAACCCUGUAGAAAAGUUAGGGAAGCGUUAGCGAAAGAGACUGGUCUUAGUGUUAGGGUCGUGCAGGUAUGGUUUCAAAAUCAAAGAGCGAAAAUGAAAAAGAUUCAGCGAAAGGCGAAACAGGAGGACGGAAAGUCGCCUAGUGAUAAAGACAAGUCUGACAAAGAUGAGAAGAGCAUCAAGCAAGAAUCGCCUUCCAGUGACCAAGGUCAUUACUUAGGCCUGGGCAGCAUGAGCGAUUCGGCCUUUCCCACAUCCAGUCAACCACUUAAUCCGAAUAUCCCAUACUCACCCGACGAUGCCUACCCCGCGCAUUCGGGCGAGAGCUUCUGCAGUUCGGACAUCUCACUGGACGGCAGUACAAAUUUCGACCACCUGGACGAGGCGACAUCCGACACGCUUUCACUUCAAAACAUGGAACUUCCGACGUCUCACUCACGCUCCCACGAGCCCAUGUCAUCGGGCGCCAUCACAAAUCCAAUCGACAAACUCUACCUCAUGCAAAAUUCCUAUUUCAGCACCGAACAAUAGACGAGUCGCGCUGCUCACGAACUAGUGGCUUGAUUUCUUACGCAAUUUUUAUCUAGUCAGUAAACCAUUUCCGAAUUUAACAUUAUAUUUGGCAUAUCUAGUUAAUUUAUUGGUUCGUGUCUUCUAUUUGUAAAUAUAUUCCUAUAAAUUGAAUGUCAGAAGAAAUUUUAUAAUAAAUCUAUAUUUGUCAUUGUAAAUAGUAUGUUAUAUAUU